GUGUUGAAUCAGCUUUUGCCCUCACCAUAUGGAUCUUCACACCUUAAAAUGUUUCUCUCUGCCCUGUUCCUGCACAUUGUACUUUACUUUUGGUCUCCCUAGAAUCAUGUUAUGGAUGACGAAGGCCAGGCCCAUCUUUCUUCCUCCGUGAAAGCCGUGACCAAGCCUUGCGUCACUAAUGACGUGCACCCCACCAUGCUACAUGAUCAGAAGGGGCGCGACAGGCAGUUCCGUGUCGCAAGAGUCAUGAAAAGGUUCCAAAAAACCCUGGUUGCCCUAGAAGAGGACCUUUCAAAAACCAAGGCGGAGAUCCUGAACACCAACGAGUACUUCAAAGAGAUGUCUCGUGUGAAGAGCCAGGGACAAGGCCUGAUGGGUGCGUCUCUGAGAAGACUUGUUUAUAGCGUCAGAGGGAGAAGGCUCCAGAGGAUUCAGGCGCAAAAGUAUAUACGGGUCAGCCAAGAUUUCGAUGCGCUGAUCCAAGUGAUCCAGAACGACUGCAGAGUUGAAAUCAAUCUGUCGGGCCUGAAGGACUGGCAGAGAGAGGUUGAGAAGCUGCGCAUGGCCUGCAGGGCAUGCACUGAGAGGGUCCAACCACCCGAGGUAUGUAGUUCCCCACUACAGGUCCAACCCUCCCAGGAACAGAAGUCAUCCAUCCAACCCUUUGAUCUAUCUGAGACCGAGACCCCUCCUGUGGUCCCCUUCACUAUUGAGGAGGCCGUGGAUUCCCCCCCUCCGACUCCUCCUACUCCUGAGGCCCUCCUCUUGAAACAGCAGCUUCCCCGGGCUUUGACUCCCCUCAACCGUGUCACCGUGACUCCCCUCAACCGUGUCACUGUUAUAGUUGUGAGUCCUGCGCGGCCUGACACUCUGCCUGCUGUGGGGUAUCUACCCCCCCCUUGUCUGGCACCAAUCCAAAACUUGAGUGCCGAUGCAAAGAAGCUGCUCCAAGGAGGAUUGGAAGAGCUCCAGCAAGAUGUGACGGAAGAGAAGAAGACUUGCAAAGGGGAGAGGAAGAAGUCUGGCAAAGGCAACAAGACGACCAAAACCCAGUCACAUGUUAAACCACUGACUGUGUUGGAAGUCAGUAACAAACAGACAGAGGUAUACGCUGAAAACAAGGUGAAGGAGGAGAAAAAGAAAAAGAAGAAUGUGGCAAAGAGGUGA